UCAAAAGAAUGCUUUACAGCUAACGCUGGACGUGUCACGUUUCAUUCAAUUCAGCAACGGGUAUUUUCGGCGUUGCGUUAUUUUUCUUCCGGGUUGCGAGUAGAUAGAGUACAGAGCAACACAGACGGGCUCGGACAGUGGGGGGAUUUGUCGUCAAGUAAGAAUGACGCUUCCAUGUCGGUUUAUUAUCAACGCUUUCAUCUGCGUGCGUUUUCUUCACCUGUUACACAAUGUCGCUGGAGACAGACCGUGUUCAAACAACAUCUGUAACUGCACAUUAGGUGAAACAAACCAAAACAACAUAUCUUGUGUUGAGACAGAGCGUGAAUAUGAGCUUCACCCACAAGAUGGAUACUAUAACAACCUCAUACAUCCAGAUUGGGGAGCAAUAGACGGUCAGCUGUUGAGAAAGAGUCCUACAAAUUACAGUGAUGGUGUUUACGAGCCGGCGUCUCCUGAACGACCUAACCCGUUGGAUAUCAGCGAUGUGGCUCAUAAAGGAGGGUCUGGGCUGAAGUCACUGAGAAACAGAACAGCACUGCUGGUCUUCUUCGGUCAGCAGGUGGUGGAGGAGAUCAUGGACUCCCAGCGACCAGGCUGUCCUCGCGAAUUCUUCAACAUCCCCAUCCCUAAGGGUCACGUACGAUACGACCCCGAGGGGGAAGGGGGCAAGGAACUGCCCCUGCUGAGAACGAGGUUUGACGCCCGGACUGGCUAUUCUCCGAACAACCCAAGACAACAGCUGAAUGAAAUCACUCCUUUCUUGGACGGUGGUUUGAUGUACGGAACGGCCAAGGCCUGGACAGACACUCUCAGAGAGUUCAAAGGUGGCCGCCUCCUGGCGGAAGAUCUAACAAAACCUUUAUCGGAUUCCAUUCCGGUGAGGAACGACAUCCGUCUGCCAAUGCCCAACCCACCAUCUCCUAAAGACCAUGUCUUAAGACCAGUCACCAGAUUCUACCGAAUUGGCAACCCUCGAGGAAAUGAAAACCCAUUUCUGUUGGCGUUUGGUGUCAUGUGGUUCCGCUGGCACAACUAUCUCUGUGAGAGGCUGAGUGCGACUAACCCGGACUGGAGUGAUGAGCGACUCUUCAAUGAAGCCCGCAAGCUCGUUAUUGCCCAACACCAGAAAAUUGUGAUGUAUGAUUGGCUUCCAGCCUGGCUACAACGCAAAGAGAAUAGCGACUUGUUUCCAAUACCAGCAUACAAAGGCUAUAACCCUCACGUUCACCCAGGUGUUUCCCAGGAGAUGCAGACGGCCGCACUGCGAUACGGACACACCCUGGUGGUCUCGGUUGUUAUAACAAGAAAACUAGAAAGUGGUCAGUGCAGUAGAACGACUAUGCCAAUCCGAGUGGGAGGGGGACAUCAGGCUACACUAGAAGGCAUCCGUUUGUGUCAGUCCUACUGGAAAUCACAGGAAGCGAUAUCGGAAGGACCGGGACUCGAUGCACUGUACCUUGGUAUGGCGCACACCUUGGCUGAGAAGGAAGAUCACAUCAUUGUCGAUGAUUUGAGAGGUGAUUUGUUUGGUCCCCUGGAGUUCUCUCGGCGUGAUUUGGGUGCCAUUAACAUUCAGCGAGGUCGCGAUCACGGAAUACCGGGAUACAAUGCAGUACGGAAGGCAUAUGGUCUUGAUCCUAUCUAUUCAUGGAAUGAUAUCAACAACAUCAGUGCUUAUGACACCACAUUAACUGACAUUUUUAAGCAACUUCAAAAGAUGUACAAUAAUGAUUCUGUUCCUGAUAACUUGGACCUAUUUACGGGCGGCCUCCUAGAGACGACCCCCGAUGGACCAGGAGAUCUGUUCCGUAACAUAAUGCUCGAACAGUUUGAGAGAAUCCGAGAUGGUGAUCGCUUCUGGUUUGAGAAUAGAGAAAACGGUUUAUUUACCGAUGAAGAUCUACAGUUUAUCCAGGAUACUGAUUUAGGCGAUAUUAUUUCUUUGACUACUGGUAUCACGAGAUCUGAGCUGCCAGUUAAUGUGUUUUUCUGUGAUGGCAAUAGUGCUACAUGUGACUGUUUAGCUCCCGGCAAUGCGAGCCUUGACAAAUACGAGAACUGUGAGCCGGGACUUCAGACGUACGAUUAUUUCUCCGGCAGUGAGGCCUCCUUCGCUCUCACUCUUGUCGCGCUUGGAUUGUGUGUUCCAAUUACAAUUGGUGUGAUGAUACUUAUGGCCAAGAGCAAAGAGAAGACAAUGCAACAAGCAAAGCGAAGAUCUCCAAGAAAACUGGAUGGCGACCCAAACAAAUUUACAGCCACGGAAUGGGUAGGAGCCACGUCAGGCGAGCGGAACGUGAUGAUCGAAUUGAAGCGAGACAGGAAGAAGAUCGUCGUCAUGGAUCUGGUGGGGAAGACGCUCAGGCUGAUUGAUCUGCGGCACUCUGACAAAGUUCGAAUCCGCAUGUCGGAAGAUCGACCCAUGGACCUCAUGUCUAUCCGCGUCCAAGGAGAAAUUGAUUUGGUCCUUCGAUUUGACUCAUCGGGGACUCGGGAUUCAGCCGUGCGUAACUUAGAGUCAUUUCUCCAAGAUAUUGGUGUGAACCGAGAAAAGAUUUCCUUCAGUUCGGCAACCAUCAUCAAAGAGGCGGAGACCUACGACGACAGGAAACUUCUGUUGGACAAGUUUUUCAGAAUUGUUUGUCUGCAGGCGUUCAAGAAGAAUAUGCGCGACAUGAAUCUCGGUGAGCUGGACGGCGAGACGAUCAACAAGAUCCGAAACAUCAAGCUGACUCGCACGGAGUUCGCCGAGUCACUCGGGAUGGAGCCAAACUCGAUGUUCGUCCGCAACAUGUUCCUCCUCGUCGACACCACCAAGGACGGCUUCGUGUCGUUCGAGGAGUUCAUGACCAUGUUCAUGACCUUGGCUUCAGGUACUGCGGAUGAGAAGGCCCAGCUACUGUUUAACAUGUACGACAUCAAGCGAAAAGGCGAGCUCACCAGGGACCAGUUCUCAAAAAUGCUGAAAUCUAUGAUGGACCUGGCCGAUGCCAGUGUGGACCAGGCCCGGGUUGACCAGCUCCUCAACUCGAUGUUCGAACAAGCCGGGAUCAGCGGCAAAAACAAGAUGACUUUCGACGACUUCAAGAAGAUAUUCGCCUCGGACGAUCACCGUGAGAUCCUCAACAAAGCUACAAUGGGUCUUGAUGUUGAAGGAGGACAGAUAGAUUCACCAAGUCGAGGGCUGACCAACCGGCAAACUGUUCUCAGGCGAUACAAAUCUGGAACACGGACUUCAGAUGUGAACCGAACAUCCAAAGUGAAUAUCGUGACGAAGAAGACCAAACCGCCCAUGUCAAAGCUUGGACAGCAGUACUAUGAGUUCCAACGCUACAUCGAGAACUACAGACUGCAGAUUUUCUGGGGAUCUCUGUUUAGUCUGAUUACGGCUGGCAUCUUUAUCGAACGAGCAUACUUCUACUCGGUGUUGCGUGAACACUCAGGCCUGCGGCGCCUGGCUGGAUUCGGUGUGUCAGUGACGCGUGGGGCCGCCAGCGCGCAGAUGUUUACGUACGCCUUUCUUCUGAUCACGAUGAGCAGGAACACGCUGACAUUCUUCCGCGAGACGUUCCUUCACAGAUUCAUCCCCUUCGACUCCUUCCAUGCCAUGCACAAAUACGUCGCCAUCCUGGCUCUCUUAAUGACUGCCAUGCACAUUGUGGGUCAUGCCAUCAACCUGUACCACAUCUGUACUCAGGCCUCCAUGGAUCUCAACUGCUACUUCCGUGAAUAUUUCAGAGCAACUCAUGUUUUGGCGUCCUUCCACUACUGGGCAUUUGGCACAAUCACUGGUAUAACGGGGAUCAUUCUGACAGUGAUAAUCAUCGUCAUGUACGUGUUUGCGACAGAGUACGCGCGGCGCCACGUGUUCAAUGCGUUCUGGUUCACGCACAACUUCUACAUCGUGCUGUACCUCUUCCUUGUGCUGCAUGGCCUCGGCCGUCUCGUGCAGGACCCCAUCUGGGGCUACUACUUUAUCGGCCCCCUCGUUAUCUUCGUCAUCGACAAAUUCAUCUCAAUCAGCAGAAACAAGGUGGAGAUCACGGUCAAGACGGCAAAAAUGUUGCCAUCUGGGGUAACGUUCCUUGAGUUUAAGCGACCUUUGAACUUUGACUACAAGUCAGGUCAGUGGGUGAGAGUGGCAUGCCUGAAGCUGGGUAAGAGUGAGUACCACCCGUUCACACUGACGUCAUCCCCACAUGAGGAGACCCUCACCCUGCACAUCCGCGCGGUCGGCCCCUGGACAACAAACCUCAGACGAGUGUAUGACCCAAAUGUCAGUUUGAAGAUGCCAAAGCUGUAUCUUGACGGUCCAUUUGGUGAAGGUCAUCAGGACUGGUACCGGUAUCCUGUGGCGGUGCUGGUCGGGGGAGGAAUCGGAGUAACUCCGUUCGCCUCAAUCCUCAAGGAUCUCGUCCACAAGUCUCGCAUGAAGGUCAAAUUUCCAUGCAGGAAGGUUUACUUCCUGUGGGUGACGCGGACCCAGAAGAGUUUUGAGUGGCUCACGGACAUGAUCCGCGAGGUGGAGAACGGAGACAUCAACAACCUCGUGUCUGUCCACAUCUUCAUCACUCAGUUCCAGCAGAAGUUCGACCUCCGCACAACUAUGCUGUACAUCUGUGAGCAACAUUUUCAACGCGUGGCUGGUCAGAGUUUGUUCACCGGUCUCCGGGCAAUAACUCACUUCGGCCGCCCAGUCUUUCAGGACUUUCUCUACUCGCUGACCAUAGAACACGAAGGAGUUCCAAAUAUUGGUGUAUUCAGUUGUGGCCCACCGCCCAUGACCCACUCCAUGGAAUCGGCAUGUACCACCCUGAACAAACUAGAUGGACCAACCUACGUGCAUCACUUCGAAAACUUUUAAUAACAUGUUGAAUAAAUCAUCAAAGUGGAAAUGGGCCAGCCUGUGUGCACCACUGUGAAAACUUGAUAAAAUCUGAAACAGUUUAUAAUCGGCCAACCUGCAUGUAUGUGUGCACCACUGUGAAAACUUAAUAAAAUCUGAAACAGUGUAUAAAGAGAAUAACUAAUUAAUGACGUAGGAUAUCUGCUUUAUUAUGGGAAAUUAAUAAAAUCUUAAACCGUUUCUAAUCGGCCAAGCGGCAUGUAUAUAAUCAUGUACCACCAUGAAAUUGUUUAAUAAAAUCUGAAACAGUUUAUAAUAGGCCAACCUGCAUGUACAUGUAUUUGUGCAUAACUGAAAACUUGAUAAAAUCUGAAACAGUUUAUAAUAGGAAAUCCUACAUGUAUGAAUGCACCACUGUAAAAAGAUUUCAUGAAAUGUGAAAUUAAUCAUUAACAUGGAAAUGGGCCUGCAUACAUGCAUAUGCACCACUGUAAAAAAAAAAUUUUAAGUAAAAUCUGCAAUAGUUUACAAUAGGUCAAUCUGCAUGUGUAUGCAUCACUGUAAAACUUGAUAAAAUCUGAAAUAAUUUAUAAUUGGCCAACCUGCAUGUAUAUAAUCAUGUUACAUGUAUCACUUUGAAAUUGUUUAAUAAAAUCUGAAAAUAUUUAGAAUAGGCCAACCUGCACUGCAUGUAUGUAAUUAUGUACCACUUUGAAAAAUCUUUAAAAAAUCUGAAACAAUCUGUAAUAGGCCAGCCUUCACCACUAUGAAAACUUUUAGUCAUAUGUAAAAUAAUUCAUUGACUUCAAAACUGGCCGACCAACUUAAUAUACAUCACUAAGAAAAUAUUUUCUCAAAUUUGAAUCAGUUACCUAGCUUGAUAAGCCAGUGUACAUGUGUAUAUGCUCAACUAUGAAACUGUUUUAAGUUACUGCAGAAAUGUACGAGUGGUAUGCAUGGUUAUUGCACACUUCCGAUGUUUUGAUUGACAGCCGAAGGUCCCGAGUGUGACAGUAAAUGUAUGUGGUAACCGACUUGUACCAUGUGCCCCUAAGUGACUUUGCAUGAUGUGAUAAGGAGGAAGUUUGGCUCAGUAAGAGGUGGGGUUUAAAAAGUGUUCAGUUGUGCAGUUAUACUUAUUUAUUGCACAUUUUUGUUAAUGGGGGAAAACAACCUAAGCGUUGCACAAUAUGCUAUAAUUCAUCGCAUUUAUAACUGAUAAAUCUCUAUGUACAUGUACAAAAACAAUGACACUUUUUAGUCACAUUUGAUAUUAAAAAAUUAUCACCUGCAGAUUCGAAUAUUUCCAGCAGCUAAUAAAAAUUACGGCAUCUGUUGUACUGCCUUGUGCCUUUGCCGUGGUGACUAAAACAUACCAGCUACUUCAGGGCUAUGACCAGCCACACCAUUGGUGCUCAUUUUGUGUUUAUUUUGGUGCAUGUCCGUUGAUCUCAUUCUGUUUAAAGGAAUCAAUGUAUACAUGUGCAACAAAAUGAAAACUUUUAAUCGAAUGUAAAACAAUUCAUCAGUUUAAAAACUGAUCAGUCAACGUGUGUGUGUGUGUGUGCACAAGGAAAUCUUGUAAGCACAUGUAUGAACAUUUAGAACACUAAGACAAGAUCCAGAGUUUAUGAUACAGACAUUCGUGACAUCAUGAAAUUCUUGAUAUUUCAAUGGUUGAGACGAAAAAAAUAUAUAAAUUGUACAGCAUUGAAAGAAAAUGCCAUGACUUACAAGAAAUGUCCAUGACUUGAAAAAAAACUUUUCAUGACUAGACUCUUUUUAAAAAACAAAAAACAAAAAACAGUCUAUUUCUAGUACUUGAAUUAACAAUUUUAUUGUAAACACUUUGUCAGCUUUUAAUAAUGUUUCAUCCAUUUUAACAUUCUUGCUUUAUGUCCGUUCAAAUUUAAUAUUUGUUGCAGCAACCUGUGACAGGGGAUAACAUUGCUUGUAGUGUAAAGCUAUUACAUUGAAAGACGUAUACUAAACAACUUAACAAUUGGCAAAGUCAUACAUUUGUAUGGGGCAGGGAGUGUGACAGGUGUGUCCAUAUUAAUGGCAUAAGAUAUUGUGUAUUAAUGGUUAUAAUGUAAAGUGUUCAUACUGACAGUCAUUAAAUAAUCACCGUCAGUGAGGUACUGGUUAAGCCAUCAAACAUGAGGCUGGUAGGUACUGUGUUCACAUCCUGGUACCAGCUCCCACACAGCAAGUUUUAAAGGCUCAGUGAAGAUAGGUGUACAACUUAGUCACUAUACUGACUUCUCUCUCACUAAUCACUAACAACCAAUGACUAAAUGUGUGUGUGGCCAUGACAGCAUGCUUGAACUUUAAUUAAAUACAAGCACAGAAAUGAAAUGAACAUGAUCACUCAACUACAGCAUGAUUUCAACUGGUUUGGGAUUGGAGUACCUGUAGUUCAGUGGUAGCGUGCUCAUGUGUGACGCAGGGUCUCCAGUAAGAUUGGACCCCCUGGGUUUUUCUUUUAGACCUCCUGGGUUUUUCCUCAUUGUGAUGAGUACAAUGUACAUUAUAUUUCAUGAUUAACUAUGGUAUCUCAGGUUGUGUUAUGCAAGCCCGUAAGAACUUUGGGAGCAUGAGGCUAUGGCCACCCACCACAUGGGAACGAAAAUGUAUGGGUUUUCUUGUCCUACUCUAUAUAAAUAAAAAUGUGGCUUGUGCCCCCUCCCUCCCCCAUUCCAGAUAAUGUUCCUGUGGGUCUGCUGUGUUAUGUAAUUGUGUAACAGCAUUUCUAUUUUUGGUAUUCACUAUACAUGCAUUUGAUAUUCUUGUUAAUAAUUAUAUAUUAUACAAAUGUUAAGCACUACUGAUAUUGAUUUCAGGGCUCGAACUUAACGGCGGCAGUUGCCGUCAUUGAGAUAUUAAUUGCCAUAGGUCAGGAGCAUCACCGAUGGCACAAAAGUGUCUUUGGUGAUGCUCCUCAAUGAUGACAAAAUUUUUACACCUGGUGUACAUUAUCUACCAGUAUAUACCAUUAGUACAUUUAAAAUAUGUCUACAUACAGCAAAAUAACCCUUCAGUCUUAUUUAUUUGCUGCAAAUGUCUUUUCUUUUUUAAAUUGAUAAGAGCAGGGUUUAAAUUGCCGUCGGUGGGUUGUUUCAUCCACGGCCAUUUUGUUUUUUAGUUGGCAUGGGAGAUAAAUUCUUCAGUUCGAGCCCUGUUAUGUUAUUUUACAAAUACUUUUUGCCAUAUUGAAUGAUUACAUAAUAUGUAUGUUAAUAGUCAUAUAUGAAUCUAAUUCUUGAAAUAAUUUGCUCAAUUCUCAAAGAUUAACUUUACAAUAGAGCAGUAAUAGAGUAAUGUUAAAACUAGAUUUAAAAAAAUAAAGUUGUAGUCAAAUGUCAGGAGAUGACAAUAUGAAUGUUUUAAUUUUUUAUAAAAAAUAUUUCAAGUUUAUAAAAAUUAUUGAAAAUCCUGCAUUAAAAUUGCUUUUUAUAUCUCUUGAAUUGCAACAUAGAUUGUAUGGGGGGUUUUUCUUGAAUAUUUACGUAAUUUGUUUUCCUAGUGUACAUACUGAAAACAUUAGAAUGUCACGAAUUGCUUUCAGAUAAAGUUUCGAAUGUUUAGUGUAGGUAUUUUGUUGGAAUAACACAUUUUACUUGUUAUUGAGAUUACAAAGUAUACUGUAAAAUAGAUUUAAACGAUACAGCUCAUAGUUCAUUAUUUUAUUAUAACUUUAACCUUUAAGGUAAAAGUAUUUUAUUACCUUUUAGUAUUAAAAUAUUUGCAGAAACAUUAAAAUUACAAUCUCACCUUGCUAUAUCAUUUACUAAAUAAUGCAAAUUAUAAAUAUUAGUUUUAGCUAAACCAUGUUUCAUUCUCAGCAAUAGUCUUGCCUGCUUUUAUUUAAUUUAUUGCAUACCCAAUCAAAUUAAUUAAAGGUCAGACCGUCAGUAGAUGUGUUUUUGGCAUAGUUAAAAUAAAAAAUAAAAACCAUGUUGACAUUGUAGUAUAUUUUUAAAUUACUGGUAAUGAUUUAAACAACAGCCUCAAGUUCUGCCAGCAAACAUUUCGCUAACAUUUGCAAACUAUUUGAUUGGUUCCCGACAUGGCCAUUUGUUUUUCUGUGAAUUGCCAAAACCGGGUUAGCUGGCAUUUUUCUGCUUGGUCUGGCUGAAUUCAGACCAGUUUAGAGGAACAAAAUAACAAGUAUUGUUACAAACCAUCAUAAUAAUAUAUAAAAUUAUAUAUAAUUAUAAUGAAUCCUAAUGGAAUGUGCAUUUCAGUUUUGUUUUUAUAAAUGAUUAAAACCCCCACUGUGUACAAGAUUUUUGUAUGUAUCAUGUUUCACAUUUUACUGAAACAGUGUUUAAAAGUUAAAGUUAAAAUUUAUUUUGCUUAACAACAUCACCAGAGCACAUUGAUUUAUUAAUCAUCGGGCAUUGGAUGUCAAACAUUUGGUAAUUCUGACAUAUCUUAUAAAGAAAACCCA